GACCCAGAACCUCAGCAGGUCAGGGUUCUAGUCCUGACCCAGAACCUCAGGAGGUCCGGGUUCUAGUCCUGACCCAGAACCUCAGCAGGUCAGGGUUCUAGUCCUGACCCAGAACCUCAGGAGGUCCGGGUUCUAGUCCUGACCCAGAACCUCAGCAGGUCAGGGUUCUAGUCCUGACCCAGAACCUCAGGAAGUCCGGAAUGUUCAGUCACUCAGACGACUCGGACUCGUUCACUCACCCAGACGACUCGGACUCGUUCACUCACCUAGACGACUCGGACUCGUUCAGUCACUCAGAUGACUCGGACUCGUUCACUCACCCAGACGACUCUGACUCGUUCUGUCACUCAGACGACUCGGACUCGUUAACUCACCCAGACGACUCGGACUCGUUCACUCACCCAGACGACUCAGAAUCGUUCACUCACCCAGACGACACGGACUCGUUCAGUCACUCAGAUGACUCGGACUCGUUCACUCACCCAGACGACUCAGACUCGUUCACUCACCCAGACGACUCGUUCACUCACCCAGACGACUCGGACUCGUUCACUCACCCAGACGACUCAGACUCGUUCACUCACUCAGACGACUCGGACUCGUUCAGCCACCCAGACGACUCGGACUCGUUCAGCCACCCAGACGACUCGGACUCGUUCAGCCACCCAGACGACUCGGAUUCGUUCACUCACCCAGACGACUCGGACUCAUUCAGUCACCCAGACGAUUCGGACUCGUUCACUCACCCAGACGACUCGGACUCGUUCACUCACCCAGACGACUCGGACUCGUUCACUCACUCAGAUGACUCGGACUCGUUCAGUCACCCAGACGACUCGGACUCGUUCACUCACUCAGAUGACUCGGACUCGUUCAGUCACCCAGAUGACUCGGACUCGUUCACUCACCCAGACGACUCGGACUCGUUCACUCACUCAGAUGACUCGGACUCGUUCAGUCACCCAGACGACUCGGACUCGUUCACUCACUCAGAUGACUCGGACUCGUUCAGUCACCCAGACGACUCGUUCA